AGGGCACUAGCUAGUGCACGAGCAGCGCGUCAAUUGCGCACUAAUCAAACGGACAAUGAUAUCAGACAGAUGCACAGACGGAUCAGGGACACCUCGAAAGGGACAGUAUUUGGCUUUCAGGGGACUUGAGUUUGUAAUAUUUUGAUUGUGAAUUUUGAACUCAUUAAAGGAACUCAACAUGGAAAAUGUUCCAAAUCCCAAAAAGACAGUCACUGUCCAGAUAAUGCCACAGCUUGCCAAUAUAGAUGCCCAGGGCAAUAAGGAGUUAAAUGCUAACUGGGACAUUGAGCCAAAGUUAAGCAUAAUUGAGGAUUGCUCUUCUGCCCAAAAAGCUAAAUCAGGUCAGGAACAUAUGCAUAUGAAGUCCUCUGUCAAAGAUUCCAAAUCCCACACCAAGGAAGGAAAAAACAUUGUGUGCCAUGGCAGUGAAGAUCACAGGCAAUCUCAGAAUAGUCACACAAACACGAAGACAUCAGGUCACUGUGCCAGGGACACUGAAGUUCGAAUCAAUGAUUACAGAUGUAAUUCAAAAUCAGAAUCAUUAACUGUCCUUUCCUCUAAAAGCCCGGCAUCCAGCCCAUCACCUACAGUUAAACAGAACAUUGACAACGAGAAAAAUGGCAAUAGCACAACAAUGGCACUAGAAAAUACUCCCAAAGCACAGAGCAAAACAUCAGAAUAUAGUGCAGUAAAAGAGACAGUAUACAAUCAAACGGCAAGCCAGGCUAGUCCCCCAAACCACCCGAAAUCUACUGGGGCUUCCCUUGAAAAUAAUUUAUCAUCUGGCACCAACAACACAAACAAGGACCUGUCACUUUUAUCUGAAUCAAAAGAUUCGAGUUGCACCACCAGCAUUGCUCAAGCAUCAGCCAUCAGCAGUACCCAGUUAGAGCAGCUCCAACUGGGAUCAUCUACCAAUGCUCCAAAAACCAAUUCUUCCAGAGUUACAGAUGAGGUUUGUGCUACAGCAGAGGUAUUUCAACGAGCACACAAUGAUAAGAAACCUUUGUCAAGUAUUCAGACACCCCAACCUCAUGAGCUAAAGCAUUCGCCUGUAAAAGAGGACAAUUGUAGCAUUGAUAUCAUGCAGAAGGAUUCUAAACCACCAGGAACCUCUCAAGAGACUCCCUCAGGGCACCUACUGGUGUCUUCGAGUAGCAAUGCCACAGAUCCUGAAAACUCAAUUCACUCGUUCCAAAUGGAAAUUACUGUUGAGGAAGUCCAAACACAGGGAGCUGCUCCUGAAGAGCCGAAGCAAGUCCAUUGCAAACUCUACCGUGAGGCAUCAACAAUGACUUCUGCAGUUGAGUUCAGCCACCAACCAAGCAUGCAAUGGCAUGAUGUAGAAGUGCAGGCAGUGGCUACAGUUUGCAGUCAGUCUACAAACACUAGCCCUAGUCUUCUGCCUCUACAUCCCCAUCAGAGAUCAGAUGGUCAAAAUCCUGAGGAGACUGAAAGCUUAGCAGUGGUCUUUGAGGUGGAGACCAAAGACCGGCCCUCUCAUGUUGCCUCAGAGAUUCAAAUAAACACAGCAACAGUUGUUUCAUCCAGUGCAAUCCUUCUCAAGAAGCCCCCACAAUCGGACACAGUGAUGGUGCAUGUAGAUGCUAAUCUUCAGAGGGAGUCAAAGCUUGGGACCAAGCCAAAAGAGCCUGGGGCUUGUCAGCCAAAUGCCCAAAGAGGAUUUUCACCUCUUCAACCAGUUUAUCAAAUCAAUAUAGAGACCUGCAGCCAAAACAAACAUUCAAAAGAGUCUAGAUGCAGCCUUCAGAGCCAAGGCUCACCUGCGGUCUCAGCAGCUGGUCCUCAAACUACAGCCAGCGUGCAGAAAACCAUCAAAACAUCAGAUCACGCAUGCCAGAAUCAACCAGAGGAAUCGUCCAAGCCUCCCCCCUCUAAAUUCACCCUCUCACAAUCCGUGUUCCCUUCUCAGGCAGCUACUUCUUUUGUGAAACCUGCAACAGACAUUCAAACGGCCACUCCUCCAACAUCAAGCUCCACACCGCAAAGCAAGAAGCAGAAGGGAGCUUCCAAGCUGAAGCCGGAGAAAGAGGAACAUAACAAUGAGAAGGCAGCCAAGCAAACGAAGAAUAGCGUGCAUGAUGUUGUGUGGGAUGAGCAAGGUAUGACCUGGGAGAUAUACGGAGCAUCAGUAGAUCAUGAGUCACUGGGUUUUGCCAUUCAAAGUCACUUGCAGUGCAAAAUCAAAGAGCAUGAGAAGAAGUUUGUGGCCCAAACGUCUCUCAGAAAGUCCUUGUCUUCAUCUCCCGGUAAGAAGAACAAGCGGAGGCAGGUUAACAUAAACUUCAGGUCCAUGUUCAAAAGUGUCCAUCGACCCAAAUGUUGUGGGCGUCCAUCAGUACUAGAGUGAAAGACAUUAGGUUGUCAUUGCUAGGUCAAUGUAAUCAAAUAUUCUAUGAGACUGUUCAAUUGCAAAGCAUGUUGGGAGGUUUCUCUUAUUUUUUGAAAAUUUUGUUAAAUGUAGAAACUUGAUUGUUAUGUGAAGAACAAAUUUUUUUUUGGAAAAGUUAUUUAUAGUGAUAGUAAAGCUAUAGCAAUGUUUAGAGUGAAAUGGCAAUAAUUAGGAUUCAUAUAAUAAUGUUAUUGAUAAAAUGUCGUAAUAUGCAUGUUUAUCAGUUCAGAAUGUCUUAUAACCAACCUGCUCUCAUAGAAUCACGUUACUAUACCUACAUUUUUGUAUAAUGAUUUUUAUUUAGCUCCUUGUAUGUACUACUGCACUUUCCUGGUGAAAUGAACACUAGAGGCGCUACAACAACAAUGGCUUUUUAUUUCUUUUUAAUACACAUUAAUACAAUUUCGAGUAAACCUACAGAUUAUGAGUUCAAAAACACAUAAUUUUCACCCUGUUCCUCACAAAAAUGCUAUCAUAGGACAUCAAAACACUUUAAUUAUAGUGCAUGACAUGAUACGAUUAAGUUUGCAUAACAUAACCAACUACAUUUACAAGCUUGCUCAAGCAUGAUCAAAUAGUUCAACUGAUGAAGCAUAACAAUUGCAAUGCAAAGGACAAGGUAUGAGUCCUGAAGGGCGUUCAAGUCGACACGGGUCGACAGUGUCGUAGAAGGACCACAAAACGACUUGGCUGCUUUUAUGACACUAUCGAUUAGGUUGAGGUUUAUGGUUUAGGGUUGGGAGGUGGGUUUUGUUUAUUGAAAACUCGAAAAAGCAAUAACCUUAUCUGUUUGGGGAUACAUUUUACUCGCUUUUAGCGCCACGCAGUGGACAUUUCACCUCGGAUCUGCUGCGAUAAGUGUAUGGAACUACGUAAUAUAAUUCUGCAAAAUGUUCACAUCAGUCACAUAAUUCUCAUGAGAUCAGGCCAUUUAAACUGUAACUACCCAUUGUCGGAUCCAAGAAUAUGCACUCUAUUGAUGCGCAGAUGUAUGCAUAUAACUGUUAUAUGUUUUACCGUCUUUGUUUAUUUGAAGUUUCAGAGUUCGGUAAAAAUGUCGUUUUGCAUACUUUUAAUUGUAACAUACUAUUCAUUUAUUGGAAAAAAGAGGUCUUCAAUACUUGUUGCCAUACUUGGUUUAAACUGAGCCCUUUUCUGUCCAAGGUUCAAUAUUCAUCAGUGAUGUUACUAUGAUUUUAUAUUAAAA